GACAAACUUCAAUCCGUUCCGCUGCCCGCCCGUACUUUCGAGAAAUCGCGUUCGCUCGCUCUCUCUUCCAUAUUGAACUGGAUUCGUCAGAUUUCGCACGCCCAAUAUCUCCGUUACCUCGGAAGAAAUCUCGGACCUGUGUCGAUAAUAAACGGCUCGUCGUCUUUCGCACGCGCGAUACGAGAUGCGUAUUGCGUGUUUGCGCGGAAUCGCGAGACAGUGUCCAGUAUCUUACUAUCUGAAUGGACAAUAAGGUAGAUGUUUCCGAGGUUGAAAAUAUUUCAAUGAUUGGAACAUCUGGAAUUUUUCACCUACCUGACGUCCCAGAAAUAUCGGAUGUAUUAGAAUCCACUGGUCUUAGUCCCUUAACCUCUUCUCUGGAUCAAGCUCUCACGCUGCAAGAGGAAAAAACUCUUUCCGAAGUUAACAUGGGCAUUGAGGAUACAUGGACCGAAGCGAAUAGUUCAACGUCAGAUUAUGCAAUUCCCCUUCCACCGCCAUCGGGAUUAAGUGAUUUCUCGGAUGUUGGGGCCGAUCCUAUCGAUUCCGGAACGGGCAUAGAGCAUGGUCCUUUCCUGCCACCUGGCACACCAGCACUUAACAAUCUUUUUGCGGAAGCUGGAGAUUCUCACGAUGACUCGCCCAUGGAGGUAGUUAUCCUGCCUGCAGGCGUGUGCGGUCUUCGUAAUUUGGGUAAUACCUGUUUUAUGGCAGCUGGGUUGCAAUGUUUGACCGCGACUCCUCCUGUUCUACGACAUUUCUUGGAUUUACAGCAGAAAGGAGAAAAAGUGCCGCCACCUGGAUCACUAAUGGCGCACUUUAGUGUACUUCUCGGGAAAAUGUGGUCUGGAAGAUACAGCGUGCUCAGACCGACAGAAUUUAAGCAAACUUUAGGCGCCUACCAUUCGCAAUUUAAGGAUUAUAGACAGCACGACUGUCAAGAGUUUCUGGCGCUUUUGCUGGAUUCCCUCCACGAACAAAUGAACACGGCAAAGUGUGCCAAGAAUUGUCAAGUUCCGCUCUCGACCACUGCCAAUUUUAAUUCAAUUGAAAAUUCAAGCGGAAAGACCCUUUCUCCCGUCACUGCCACGGCCAACUCAAAUUGUAAUUCCGAUCUCUUGGACAUGUACGAAUGCUUGUCGCCAGAAUGCCCGAAUAGUCCGAACGUAACUAUGGCCGGCUCGCCGAGAGAUUUCGAUUCGUCGAUCGGCGAGCUUGACAGUAUCACGAAUUCGCCGAGAGAUUCGCCGUUGAAUGGCGAAGACGACGAGGAGACGCUCGAUUCAGACGAGACCGUCGAAGCGAAAUCGAGCACUUUUAUUCACAACAAAGUGAACGAGGAGGGCACAAGCGACGUCACCUCGUCGCGAUCGUUGAGACUGGACACGUUGAUAGAAUUGUCGAAAAACGUGCCGCAGUACAACGGCUUGUAUGACAUUCACAAAGAAGCCAAGACCAGUAAUGCCAAUUUCCUAGUAACACAACAAGAGUGUAAUAACGAGAUCCAUUACGACUCGCAGAAAUUUCCCAAGGAAAAUGUUCGCAGGAUGCCGUUAGACAAUUCGAAUCUAAUGGAGAAUCACGAUUUUGACAAUAAGAGCGUCAGCAUCAAGCGCAUAAAGGAGGUGAACGUUCAGAAGGUAAACGGCAGUCUCGAUCACGCGUCGAGCGACAUCGAGUACGAUAGCGGUUUGGAAAAGUGUAACGUGAAACGAAUGAGACUGGACGAUCAAGAGAAGAAUCACAAGCACGACGGUCUUGGUAGCGAGAGCACUCAGUGCGCGCGAAUCCCGCAGAAUUACGGAAACGGCGCUAUAGCCGCGCAAGAGGAGAUCGAGGCGGACAAACAUUGGGUGAAGCAUCUGCGAUCCAACAGGAGUAUCAUUGUUGACACCUUUCAAGGCCAGUUUAAGAGCACGGUCGUUUGCUCGGUCUGUAAUCACAUUUCCGUUACGUACGAACCUUUUAUGUAUUUGUCGGUACCGCUGCCUCACGCUAUGGAGAGGCAGUUAAACGUCACGUAUAUUCCCGCGAACGGAGAACAGCCCAUAAGAUGCGUCGUUUCCUUAAACAAGCAGUCUCGUGUCGGGAAGUUGAAGGAAGAGUUAUUAAAGACACUAGGCAAGGAGAAUAUUUCGGUGACGAAUAUCGCACUCGCGGAGGUUCUGGAGAAUCACAUAGCGAAGAUUCUGGACGACAAUACACUCUUGAGACACGUCAAUGAUACGAAUCGAUCGAUAUACGCCUUUGAACUCACGGAACCUCCCGACGCGUACACUUCAGUACCUGAUGGCGGUGGGGAUCGUCCAGCGGAGACGGACUCUUGCCAGAAAUGCACCGUCACGGGCGAGGAGGUGCCGUGCAUGAUCUGUCUCGAGGAGUUGGACGGCGACUUGAAGAAGCACAGCGGAAAUAACUGUAACAUCAUCAUGUGCGAUAUGUGCAUCGAGAAUUACUUCAAGAAUCAAACGGAACCUCAACCGUGUCCGAUGUGUUCCACGUAUAUGACAGCAUCGUCGUUUACGAAGAUAGACCAGACGGGUCGGCCGAGACCUACAGUACGUAUUCUGAACGUACCUUUGGUGUUGAGGCACGACACAACGAAUGAAACGACGAACAACCGCAAGAGCACGAAGCUGUUCGAUUAUCCGCAUCUGAUACGGCUUCCGUCGAGAGUGAACGCACGUGAUUUAUAUGAAGUCGUUAAGAAAAACGUGCCUCACGAAGGUCACUAUACAAUCCAUUUUGUUGACGGACAGGGUCAUCAUUGUUCGCGAUGCAUGUACACCGCGCAUUGUACAGGAUGUAGCGUGCCUGAAACGGGAAUGGUCGCGCUACAGAACGGUGAUACGCUUGCAGUUCGUUAUACCGAAUAUGUUCCUAAGAUUCAACAUCCUAUCGAUCACGUUAGUGUCAGUAAGCAACGUCCACAUCAUCCACUAUCUCUUUACGAUUGCCUUCAAGCGUUUAGUCAAAGCGAAACUCUAGACGAACAUAAUCCUUGGUUUUGUCCGAAAUGUGGGCGUAACCAAUGUGCCACGAAAACACUCACGGUACAUCGAUAUCCCAAGUUCCUUAUUGUAUAUCUAAAACGAUUUGUGUUUUAUGAAUGCGCGAGCAUGAAGCUAGACGACAAGGUCACAUUCCCUCUGGUGGGUCUGAGUGUGGGACGCCACCUUUAUGAUCUCUAUGCCUGCGUUUGUCAUUUUGGAGGUGUGUCGGCGGGUCAUUACACGGCUUACGCGAAAAAUCCUCGCACGGACGUGUGGUAUUAUUAUAAUGACGAGAUCACGAGCAGGCAGAAACCGCAAGAAGAGGACUUCAGCAAUGCGUAUAUAUUGUUUUAUAGUCGACAAGGGACCAACUUAAAACCGUGCAAUAUAUAACAAGUGGUGUGUCGAACUUGUUAGCCGAUAGAACACGUCGAUCGGAGAGAAAAAGGACAGUUGUGGUAGGAUAAAAAAAAAACAUAAUAAAAAAAAAAA